CACCCACCACCUCGGCACCCAGGCCUCCUAGAGUCUCGCCUCUCUGCACUCUCCCAACGGGACUUUCGAGGAACGCCUCGCCCCGAGGGCUCCUUGAACGGAACACCAUGGACCCCAGCGGACCUCUCGGGCUGUUGCUUCUGCCGUUGCUCCUGAUGGGGACCGUGCUGGGCGAUGGGGUUCAGGAGGCGCCAGGAAACAAUGCGGAGAUCUGCCUCCUGCCCCCGGACGAAGGGCCCUGCAGGGCCCUGAUCUCCAAUUACUACUAUGACAGGUACACGCAGAGCUGCCGCAAGUUCAUGUAUGGGGGCUGCAUGGGCAACGACAACAAUUUUGAAACUUGGGAGGCCUGCAAUGAAGCUUGCUGGAGGAUAGAGAAAGUUCCCAAAAUUUGCAGGUUGGAAGUCAAUGAGGAGCAGUGCGGAGAGUCCACAGAUGAGUAUUUCUUCAAUCUAAGUUCCAUGACAUGUGAAAAAUUCCUGUCUAGCGGGUGUCGAAGCAAUGAGAACAGGUUCCGGGAUAAGGCUACCUGUAUGGGCUUCUGUGCACCAAACAAAAAGAAAAGUCCGUCAUUUUGCUAUAGUCCAAAAGAUGAAGGACUAUGCUCGGCUAACAUAACUCGCUAUUAUUUUAAUCCAAGACACAAAGCUUGUGAGCCCUUCACCUAUACUGGCUGUGGAGGGAAUGAGAAUAACUUCGUUAACAUGAAGGACUGCAAACAUGUUUGUGUAAAAGUUUUGAAGAAGGAAAGGAAAAGGAAGAUGCCAAAGCUUUCCUUUCCUACCGGCAGGCUGAAGAUUUGGAGGAAGCAGUCUUAACCUUUUUUCGUAUAUUUCGUCCUGUGAAUGCUAUUGUCUUUAUGGUUGUGCCUGAAUAAUAAUACGGUAAUGUGGGUAAAUGAAUUAUUAACGAUUUACUCACCUGUUUUUAUUGCGACAGGUUACUUUUUUGUGUAUUCCCAUACAUAACUAGCUGCUAUUUAACUGUGAAUCUAUUAUUUUUAAUCUACUAUUCACCUAGAGGAGGUUGAAUUCUUACUGUGCAUAAGGUAAUAAAAACAAAUGUGACUCACCCA